CGCUGCGUGGCCUUUGUGUCCAAAUGACAAAGACUGAAAACCAUUGUGUUACAAUCAGAACUCUUGCGCCCUUAAUAAGUUCAAUUAACGCGAUGGAGGUGGACAAAUAUAUCUUGACCGAGGCGCUCUCUGCUAUUCUGGGAGUCACGGUGAAAUUGCAGUCAGAUUGUAAGGAUUUCGAUAAAGUCACUCAACUGCAAAUUACCAGUCUGACAACUCUUGCCCUUCUUGACAAAGAAGUGCAAAAUGUGACUUGUCUAACGUCUUUACUAAAGCGAUUGUCAGUUGAUCAGAAGAAUUCACAAGAGACCCAGAAAAGCGACAUUGUGAGCUCUUCUCUCCGAAAGGAAUUAUUUGUGAUCUCUGAUGACUUUUUUGAUCCAGUGUUUGACUUUGACUUCACGAACAUGUCCGAGUCAAAGUCUGAUGAGUGCACACGCGGGGACGAGCCGUACAAGCGGCCCUACGGCUGGAUGCGCUUUGCUCUGAAGGUCCGGGACAAAUAUCCGGACGGGAACGCUUGGCUGGGAACAUACGGAUGGAGGAGCCGUUCAGUGCCCGUCCUGUCAGAGGGAGACACGAUGGGAUGCACUUCUAGCACUCAGACCACAGCUCAAGACACAACACGACCCAACACCAAACAAGAUGGAAGCACAUCAGGAACAAGUAAUGAAAACGGUGGUCCUGCAGCAGACAGUGAGACGAUUCCAGACCAAACUCAGGCUGAGGAAUCUCCACAGACAUCCAGUGCACCUCCUGAAGCCUCGGAGGAAAUACAGAGCUCUGAGGCUGCUGUAGCUCAUAGUGAACCAGAAGCAGCUGCUGCUGAGGCCGUUACAUCUGACCAGCCUGCUGAAGCCGAAUCCAGCCCCUCUACGACAGCUGAGAAUACAGACGAACCAGCACCAAGUGAAAACACAACUGAGGCCCAGGCCGAAUCUUCCCCACCAGAGGAAGCACCUGCCUCUGGUGAAAAUAGUUAAGUGUGCAUCAUUUGGCACAGUUACUACAGAUUCCAGACUCAACCACCUAUUUUCAAUAAAAUCAAGAUUUCAUAUGCAUAGUUUAAAAAUACAGUGAAACAUUAGCUUAUUUAUUAAAUAGAUAUUGCUUGUUCGUUGCCAAGAUAUAGACCAACUGGUCUUCAGAGACUCUGUGCCUGUCUUUAUAUACAAAGAUUACAAACAUCCCACUCCAGUUAUAGUUUAUUGAAUUAUUAUUGCUGGCUUUAGCUAGAUAUUUCCUUCAAUAUUUAAUACCGGUGCCUAUUUUAGUGGCUUUACCCCUCUAUAAAAAAUGCAUAAAGCCAAAGAGAAUAUGAAAAUUGUGGAAUGCUAUUUAUAUAAUUAUGUAAUAUUUUAACCAACUGAAAUAAAAUGUUACAUACAUUUUAAAUGACAAUGGACAUAAUAUUUUAAAAACAGGCCUUUUGGUUUUAUUUAUUGUAUGCUAAUGUUUUCCUGCAACAAACAUGAUAGAUUGAACUCAACAAAUGAAAGUAAUGUUUUUGUGUUGUGGUUUGAUUUAAUGUGAUAAUGACAAGUUUAAAAAAUAAAGCUGACUUGAUCUGGGUUUUGAA